CCCACAUCCUUCAUUUCCAAUAUAGAUUACAUGAGAGUACCUUUUGUGGGUGCAGCUCUCAAAUUUUUUGCCGAAAUGUACAACGACAUAAAUGAGUACCAUUACAAAAUAGGAAAAUAUGGCCUAAAGCCGGAAUUCUGCGGAAAACACCAUUGCGCUCCCUUUAAAGUAGUUUGCAAGAAUAGUCUUUAUGAAGUUAGGAGCUAUGGUAACUUGACAUUAGCCACUUUUACUGUCAAUGGAUCCGAUUACCUUAAUAAUGGUGUAAAAACGGGCUUAGCUGAAAUUUUAAAGUAUCUUAAUGGAAAUAACGAUAGAGACGCGACAAUACCCUACUCGGUACCGUUAGUUGUCAAUGGUCCGCUAAGCACGUCAACUUGCCCCAGGGCUCAAUUAUUGAAAUUAAUAAAUGGCGGCCCUGGCCCGACUCUCUCUGUAGCCUUGAUUCCACCUUACGAUACAAACCCGCCAAUACCAACGUGCCCUUCGCUCAAGAUAAAAUAUGUAACUAAUGGUUUCUGCUAUGUUAGAAUGUUUUCAGGUUAUGCUCUUCCGGGUACUUUUAUCUCGAAGGGAAAUGAAUUCAUUAAAAUUCUGCAAAAUAACGAGCAAUUCAUAACACACAAACCCAUGAUUGCCGUCUAUAACAGGCCCAGCCAAUUUACGAACAGACACAACGAGAUCUUUAUUCCUGUCAAUAAACCCGUGCAAGGAGACCGAUAUUGCUAAAUAUGCUUCCUUUCUUCUAAGAUUUAUAUCCUAUAUUUUUUGUUUUAAAUAUUAU